UGAACCGGAAAGAAGCCAGUGACGUACAGGUACAUUGUUGUGCCUGCAUGAGCCACCCAUCCAUAGUACAAUGCAGGGGCGGACUGACAACUCAUGGGGCCUCCGGGCAAUAGGGGAUCAUGGGGCCCCUGUGUCCUUGCCCAAACUCAAAAAAGCCUAUGAAAAAGAUACCAGGGGCAUCUCAUGGAGUCCCCUACUGACCCCGGGCCCUCGGGCGGUGCCCGAGUUUCCAAAUGGUCAGUCCGCCCCU